AUGGAUUUCCGGAAGUUGUUCCUGCAUUCUUCUCUUCUAGUACUCCAUAUCGCAUUUUCUUCCUCCAAAGACACCACAACUAUAAAGCAAACCAUUCAUGAUGCAAAUAGGAAUAAACCAAUCAAUGGUUCCUUGGGAGUUCUAUCCAUUGACCAAUAUGGAAAUCUCAUUCUCCAUAGCCACCACAACCAGAAAGUUCCUAUACGGUCUACAAAUGUCUCAGUAGAGGUUACAGAUACUUGCGUAGUUCAGCUCUUGGAUACAGGAAAUUUGAUUUUGGUCCACCAUGGAAGUACCGUGUGGGAAAGCUUUGAUCAUCCCAUGGAUACUAUACUGCCAGGAAUGAAACUUGGGUUGAACCGAAGGACAGGCAUGAACCGGUUCCCGAUAUCUUGGAGAUCAGCAGAUGACCCUAGAACUGGAAACUUCUCACUUCAGAUCAACCCAAAAGGAUCACCACAGGUCUUUAUCUACUGGGGUAUAAAAUAUAUUUGGCGAAGCUUUUGGCCCUCGAAAAGUUAUGCGCUUACAUCCAGUGUUAGUUUUGUCAGCAAUCAAAAUGAGACAUAUAUGACCUAUUCUGUUUCUGAUGCUUCUGUUAUCCUAAGAGUAAUGUCGGACUAUUCAGGACUUGUUAAGAAACUAAUUUGGCAUGAAAAAGAUGGCAAAUGGAAUAAAUUCUAG